AUGAAGAUCACGGGCUUCACUUCGCACGAUGUGCGCUUCCCUACAUCGCUGGACAACACUGGCUCUGAUGCUAUGAAUGCAGCUACUGACUACUCGGCCGCCUACUGCGUGCUACAGACUGACUCGACCCACACAGGUCAUGGCAUGACUUUUACCAUCGGCCGAGGUAAUGAGAUUGUUUGCACGGCCAUUGAUGCGCUGGCAACACUACUGGUUGGAAAAGAGCUCGAAUCUCUAACCGCUGAUUGGGGCAAGACAUGGCGCUAUCUGGUGUCUGACAGCCAGCUAAGAUGGAUCGGCCCUGAAAAGGGCGUCAUCCACCUUGCGCUCGGAGCCAUCGUCAACGCUCUGUGGGAUCUAUGGGCAAAGACCCUCAACAAGCCUGUCUGGAGAGUUGUCGCGGACAUGACGCCCGAAGAAGUGGUGACAUGCAUUGACUUUAGAUACAUUACUGACGCCCUUACACCUGAGGAAGCCAUCAAGUUACUCCGGGAGGUGGAGCCUGGCAAGAGGCAGAGAAUUGAGGAGGCGGAAAGUAACCAAGCAGUUCCGGCAUAUACGACCAGUGCUGGCUGGCUCGGCUACAAUGAGGAGAAGGUGAAGAGCCUGCUUGAGAAGAGUGUCCAGGAUGGGUACCGUUAUUUCAAACUGAAAGUUGGCGGAGACCUGGACAUGGAUAAACGGCGAUUGGCGAUCGCUCGGGAUGCCAUUGGAUACGACAAGGGAAAUGUUCUGAUGAUCGAUGCCAAUCAGGUGUGGUCAGUUCCCGAGGCCAUCUCUCAUAUGAAAGAACUUGCACAGUUCAAGCCGUGGUUUAUCGAAGAGCCCACUUCUCCAGACGACAUUCUAGGCCAUGCAGCCAUCCGUGAAGCCCUUCAAGACACGCCUCACGGCGCCAUUGGAGUCGCAACCGGAGAAAUGUGCCAAAAUCGUGUGAUGUUUAAACAAUUCCUCCAGUCAGGCGCUCUGUCAGUCGUCCAGCCGGAUGCAUGCCGAGUUGGCGGCGUCAACGAAUGUCUAGCCAUCCUACUACUGGCUCGUAAAUUUGGUGUCCCUGUCGUGCCCCAUUCAGGAGGCGUAGGCCUGCCGGAGUACACCCAGCAUUUGAGUACGAUCGACUAUGUGGUGAUGACGGGGAAGAAGAGUGUGCUGGAGUAUGUGGACCACUUACAUGAGCAUUUCGAAUAUCCGGCUCGGGUGCGGAACGGGUAUUACGUUACCCCCAUGGAGCCUGGGUAUAGUGUGCAGAUGAAGGCACAUAGCAUGGAAAAAUACUCCUUUCCGGGGGAAGAUGGAAAGAGCUGGUGGAGAUCUGAAGAGGCGAAGCCAGUCUUGCAGCGUGCUCGUGUGGUUUGA